AUGGCUAGCGUCAAUCACGCCAUCGUCCUCCAUCAACGCGACUUCGAGACGAAGCCACAGCAUUUUGAUGGCUCGGUCCAGAAUUUGCCAUACUGCGUAGUCAUGUUGCGUGAUUUUCUUUUUGCAGAACUCUCUUCUCGAGUCCAGAAGAGCCUCAAUUCCACCAAUUCCCAGCAUUUCUCGCUGGCGCAGUCGUUUCUCUCCGUUUCUGCGGUUCGCAAACGCUUCGAGGCAUCUCCCGGGCCAUUCUCGUCCCUCUUGCCUCGUUACUUUGCGAACGGCCAAGUCCCUGCUCUUGAAGAAGUGUUCAAGAGCCAGUCCGCCACUGCCAUUGAAGACGAUAUAAAACCGCCCACCAUGCAAUUGAAGCACGAGGUGACCACGGGAGGCGUUGUGCCCGCUCCAGAAGCGAACACAACCCCCACGGGACUCAAAAAGACCGUCUCGACCCAGCAGAUCCCCCUCAGCUCCAUCUCCGGACCGACAUAUGUCACCGGCCAGUUGCUCGUCCAGCAGGCGGCUUACAAGCUCUCCGACAAGAUCUUCUCUCUCUCUCCUGAGACCUUCGACCUCGACAAUGCCGUGAAGGAGUGGUCGCAUGCCGACGAGAAGAACAUCCAUGGCGAGACAACAACUGUGGUACCGCUCCAGACCCGGGCCGGCGCCGGCACCUUUGCGCUGGGCUACAUUUUCUCCAAGGAUUUUGACCUCAGCAAGCGCCACAUCCCCCAGACUCUCCUGGCUCCGUCGCUGAGCCUUCGUCACUUGCGCUCGGCCCUCGACCAGCUUUCCCUUCUGUAUGGGGUAGCCAGCCCCUUCGUUGCCCACAUCGCGGCUACCGACUACUCGGCCCACGAUGGCCUGGUCGUCGACUACGAGAGCGCCCUCCAAACUGCCGAGGACCUGGGUCUCGGUCUCGUCUCCAGCGCUUCUGCUUACGAAAUCCAGCACAUGUCGCUUCUUGCGACGGCCUUGGCUUCGCUGCUGCCCACGCUCCAUGUCUACGACGGCCUCCGCACGGCCAGGGAGACGUUGAGAGUGGUAGAUGCCCUGGGCGAGACCAGCAUCGCCGACCUCUACAAGAAAGUUGCCCAGGCCGCCGGCGCUCUGAACAAGAGACUGGACACCGCCGGCAAGGUGGUCGAGCUCCUGCGCUCGUUCAACAGCGAGCUCGGAACCGCGUACGCCCCGUUCGAGUACCAUGGUCAUGAGGCACCGGAGCUGGUCCUCGUGGUUUUUGGCAGCGCCGAGGCCCAGCUUGCCAAGCAGGUGGUGAACACGCUCGCCGCCGAGGGCAAGAAGGUCGGUGCUAUCAACGUCCGCAUCUACCGGCCGUUCAUCGAGGAGGCUUUCCUCGAGGCCCUCCCCGAAUCGGUGCGCCAGAUCGCCGUGCUCGGCCAGGUCCGUGACGGCGUGGCGGUGGACGAUGCGUCUGUGCAGUCUGCGCUGUACUCGGACGUCCUCACGGCCAUCUCGUUUGCCGACCGGCCGCACGAGCCGGUGGUUGUCGACGUCAAGUAUGCUGCGUCGACGGUCCACACUCCCAGCUCGGUUGCCUCCAUCAUCCACCAGCUCACGGCCAAGGACAGCCAGAACGAGAUCAGGCUGGCGCUGCAAGCCCUGGAGCAGGCCCGUCAGUACACCUUCUGGGACGUUGACAACUCGUCGGCUGUUGCUGCGCCCAAGUCUCUUGGCAAGCUGCUCGCGCGCGAGGCUCCUAACAAUGUCUACGUCCACGAGACGUAUGACAACCUCGUCCAAGGUGGCGCCGUGCGCACUGAUAUCCGGAGCUCUGAGAAGGUCAUCGAGGCGCCCUUUGCCAUCGAGGAGGCCGAUGUUGUCUUUGUUGCCGAGGAGAAGCUGCUCAAGGACGUUGACGUCGUCAAGGGUUCGAAGGCUGGCAGCAAGCUCAUCCUCCGGUUACCCAACUUCAAGAAGGAGGACUUGGAAAAGCGGAUCCCGGCUGCGGCCCGGAAGCAGAUCCAAGAAAAGGGUCUCGAGCUUUUUGUUCUCGAUUCUUCUUUCUCGCCUGCCCUGGAGAAGGACGCCGAGCUCCUAGCCCAGCUUGCCUUCUUGCACGUCGCCCGCCCCGAGAUGACGCUGCCCGAGCUUGCCAAGUUUGGCGAAGUCGCCCAGGGCGAAGUGACCCUUUCCGAGUUUGCCGACACCCUCCCACAAGCGCUCAAGGCCGUCGAGGUCCUCGCUGCCUGGGCUGAGGUGGCCGAGGCCCCUGCCGUGCCCUUGAAGGCGUUCACGCCCACCAGCUUCUUGGCUUUCGAGAAGGAUGAGCAGGAGCCGGCGCUCAAGCUCGACAGCUGGCAGGAGGCAGCCAAGGGCCUCGUCUUCAAGGAGGCGUACGGCACCCAGAUCGACCUGCCCCUUGGGCAUUCCACGCCGACAACGACCCAAAAACAGGUGGUGGACUUCAUCAACUUCUACGGUCUCAACGCCGACGACCUCGUACAGGUUCCCUCUCGCGAGGACCCCGCCGUCGCCGAGACGCGCACCGUGUACCAGUCACUCGUGCAGAACCUGGACAUCCUAGGCAAGCCACCCAAGCGCUUUUUCGAGUCGCUCGCCGAGUUCGCGACGGACGAGGCCGAGAAGAAGAAGCUCGAGUUCCUCGGCGGCAAGGACGGCGCCGACGAGUUCAAGCGCCUCUCCGAAGUCGAGACGGUCAACUACGUCGACGUGCUGGAGAUGUUCCGGUCGGCGCACCCCACCUUCCCGGACCUCGUGCGCAUCGUGGCGCCGCUCAAGCGCCGCGAGUACAGCAUUGCCUCAGCGCAGGCCGUCACCCCCACCUCCGUCGCGCUCAUGAUCGUCGUCGUCGACUGGGUCGACACCAAGGGCCGCACGCGCUACGGACAGGCCACGCGCUACCUGUCGGGGCUCAAGCCCGGCACGGCCGUCACCGUCUCCGUCAAGCCCUCCGUCAUGAAACUCCCCACGGCGGACACCGCCCCGCUGAUCAUGGCCGGGCUGGGCACGGGCCUGGCGCCGUUCCGCGCGUUCGUGCAGUACCGCGCCAUGCAGAAGGCGCAGGGCAAGGACAUCGGCGCGAUUCUGCUGUACCUCGGCAGCCGGCACCAGCGCGAGGAGUACCUGUACGGCGAGGAGUGGGAGGCGUACAUGGACGCGGGCGUCAUCACGCUGCUGGGCGCCGCCUUCUCGCGCGACCAGCCCCAGAAGAUCUACAUCCAGGACCGCAUGCGCCAGACCAUUGCCGACAUUGUGCAGGCGUACAUCAAGGAUGAGGGGUCGUUUUACCUGUGCGGGCCGACCUGGCCGGUGCCGGAUGUCACGGCCGUGUUGGAGGAGGCGAUCGCGGUCGAGGCGAGGGAGGGCGCGAAGAAGGUGGAUCCUCGCAAGGAGAUUGAGAGGUUGAAGGAGGAUGGGCGCUAUGUGUUGGAGGUGUACUAG